GCCAAGGCAGCAGUCACUGCUGUUCUCUUCUACUGCCAGGAGAGCUAGGGCCUGGACAAGACAACUGUGCUUUUUGAGCUGUUCGAGGCUGUCAUACAGCACUCUGGCAUUGGUGAGAUUCCUGGCUGUGGCCUAUGGGCCUCUGAGGAGGCAUUGUAAGUCUGCCCAGCUUCCCACUCACUGUGUCAGCACUCAAUGGGAAGGGAACCAAGGUCAGGCCAAGUGGGUCCAGACAUUGACACAGAUUCUGAGUGGGCUUUGUCCAGCCACCAGCCACAGCCUCCAGACAGUACAAGGAUGGAAGUCAAAGGUCAGCUGAUCAGCUCCCCUACCUUCAAUGCCCCAGCUGCCCUGUUUGGAGAGGCUGCCCCCCAGGUGAAGUCAGAGCGUCUUCGAGGGCUGCUUGACCGCCAGCGGGCCCUGCAAGAGGCUCUGAGCCUGAAGCUUCAAGAGCUCAGAAAAGUCUGUCUGCAGGAGGUGGAGCUAACUGGCCAGCUGCCCCCUGAGUGCCCACUGAAGCCUGGUGAACGUCCUCAGUUGGUACGCCGGAGGCCCCCUGCAGCACGUGCCUACUCUCCACCACACCCGAACCCAGUACACCACUCCUUGUGUCCUGCUGAGGAGCUGGCUCUUGAGGCCCUGGAGCGUGAGGUGUCUGUGCAGCAGCAGAUUGCAGCUGCUGCCCGCCGCCUGGCCCUGGCCCCUGACCUUACUGGAGAGCAGAGGCGGCGGCGGCGCCAAGUGCAGGUGGAUGCCCUGCGGAGGCUGCACGAGCUGGAAGAGCAGCUCAGGGACUUCCGGGCCCGCCUUGGCCUCCCGGUGCUGCCACUCUCUGCAGGAGCAUUAGUCAAUGCCCAGGGUGUCUGCAUGGGCACACGCCUUGCUCAGCUCAGUCAAGAGGAUGUAGUUCUGCAUUCGGAGAGCAGCUCCCUCUCAGAGUCAGGGGCCAGCCAUGAUAAUGAGGACCCUCAUAGCUGCUACUCUGAGCGCCCCUCACCACCAAAGGCCUGGGACCAGUUUCGGGCAGUAUCCGGAGGGAGCCCUGAGCGGCGAGCCCCAUGGAAACCUCCCCCUUCAGAUAUUUAUGGGGACCUGAAGAGCCGGCGCAACUCUGUGGCCAGCCCCACCAGCCCCACCCGCUCGCUGCCCAGGAGUGCCUCCAGUUUUGAGGGGCGAAGUGUGCCUGCCACCCCUGUCCUCACCCGGGGCACUGGCCCCCGGCUUUGCAAACCAGAAGGCCUCCAUUCUCGCCAGUGGUCGGGUAGUCAGGACUCACAGAUGGGCUUUCCUCGGCCUGACCCUGCUUCAGAUCGGGCCUCCCUCUUCACAGCUCGCACCCGCCGCAGCAAUAGCUCUGAGGCCCUGCUGGUGGACCGGGCAGCUGCUGGGGGAGCAGGAUCUCCACCUGCCCCCCUGGCUCCCCCUGCUGCUGGUCCCCCAGUCUGCAAGAGCAGUGAGGUGCUGUAUGAGCGCCCCCAACCAGUCCCUGCCUUCUCCUCCCGCACCGCUGGUCCCCCAGACCCUCCUCGGGCUGCCCGACCUAGCUCAGCUGCCACUGCAUCCCGUGGACCCCCCCGACUCCCACCUGUGUGUGGAGACUUCCUCUUGGACUAUUCAUUGGACCGGGGCUUGCCCCGUGGUGCUGGUGGGGCAGGUUGGGGGGAUUUGCUGCCUGCUCCUGAAGUCCCAGGACCCCUUUCCCGCAGAGAUGGGCUCCUUGCCAUGCUCCCUGGUCCUCCACCCAUAUAUGCAGCUGAUGGCAGCAGCCCCCUUCUCCGCAGCAAAGACCCCAACACCCGUGCCAUUCGUUCCAGGCCCUGUGGCUUGCCCCCAGAAGCUGUGGAGGGUCUGGAAGUGCAUCCAAACCCAUUACUCUGGAUGCCGCCACCCACCCGGCUACCUCCAGCUGGUGAGCGAGGCGGCCAUAAGAACCUUGCCCUGGAGGGGCUCCGGGACUGGUACAUCCGGAAUUCGGGACUGGCCAUGGGGCCCCAGCGCCGACCUGUGCUUCCACAUGUGGGCCCAACACACGCACCCUUCCUCCAUGCCCGCUGCUAUGAAGUGGGCCAGGCACUAUAUGGUCCUCCCAGCCAGGCACCGCUCCCGCACUCGAGGAGUUUCACAGCACCCCCUGUCUCCGGCAGAUACUACACGGACUUCCUGUAUCCCCCGGAGCUGAGCGCUCGUUUAAGUGACCUGACGCUAGAGGGGGAACAGUCUUCCAGUUCUGAUCCCCAGACCCCAGGGACAUUGGUCUGACCCUUCCUGAUAAGCCUCUUGUUGGUCUGGACAUAGUCCAGUCUGGGGAACAUACAGUCAACCUCGCUGAGCCCUGGGAUGUGGUUGCUCUUGGUUCUGAGGGACAACUGCUUGAUCUCACAGGACCCCUGGCUUCUUUGGGGCCCAGAAGGAUGUCUGAUACUCCUGCAUCUCUUCUCAUCCUGUGCUGGGGGACUGGAGGGCCCCAGCUAGCUUCAAAGAGGGGGAUAAUGGU